GAUAAUCCUUCCUUUCUCCCCAUCCUCCUGCACUGAGAUCUUUACAUACUCAAUGAUGACCAUCUCCUCCAACGGAAACUACAAGCUGAAACACGCUGAAGAGCGAUCCAUUCCGCCAAGAAACGGGAAUAACCGAGCAAGCGUAGUUUCAAUACCACCGGAGACGAUAUCGCAACAUACAUAGAUCUCUUGCACACGCGAAACUCCAGAAGGAAUAUAUAAGGAAAAAUUCAAGCACGAUGCACAGAAAUCUUUGGCAUGACCGCUUCUUCGCUCUUGAUUACCGGCUUUGGAGUCAGCUACCCGCCGCAUCUGACUGCGACGGAGGACCUCGAUAAGCUUGCGCACAAGUGGUAUCCUUCGUCCCCAGCGCUCGACAAAGUUCUUGCCAUCAACCGUCGCACAGGGAUUAAGGCCCGUUCAAUCGUCUGCCCACUUGUCGAUCUUCCCUGCCCAUCUUCGGUUCGCGAAUCAUCCGAGAUAUUCAAUCGCGAGGGCAUCCCGUUGGCCAAAUCCGCCGCCCAGGCCGCGCUCGCCGAAGCAGCCUUGUCCGCGGCCGAUGUCACCCACCUCGUCGCCACGACCUGCACGAGUGCCUCUCAUCCUGGCUUCGACUGCGUUCUAUCCCAAGAAUUGAACCUCCGGCCGACGAUCGAGCGGGUCUUGCUGGGCGGUGUUGGGUGCGCAGGAGGUCUGGCAGCGCUCAGGCUCGCGGCUAGUCUCUGCCAGGCGGCGGCUUGGAGAGGCGAGCCCGCGCACGUCUUGGUCGUUGCGUGUGAGAUCACUACGACCAUGGGCAGAGACGAGCUGAGGCGCAUCGCCGCCGAACAGCAGGUGCGCAUCGGGAUCACGUUGUUUGGAGAUGGUGCUGCUGCUCUGGUUCUCUCGCUGGAUCGUCCGUCUGCGAACGGCAUAUACGAGCUCGUCAACUGGACGCAUAUGAUGGUGGCUGAUACGCUGGGUGACUUGCGGUUCGAUCCCGAGGGUACUGGUUUCACGCCGACAUUGUCCCAUCGCGUCCCCGCUCUCACUAGCAAAUGUGUGCCCCAGAUAUUCAGCACUCUACUCUCAUCGAGCGCCGCUGCCGCAGACGCCUCCGCGACACUUGCCACUCCACGGUCUGAUUUUCGACCGCGUGAAUUCGACUGGGCGGUCCAUCCGGGCGGAGCAGCCAUUCUCACUGCGGUUCAGGAAACGAUGGGCGUUGGGAGGGAGCACUUGAAGGCGAGCUGGGAGAUCUACGAACAGCACGGGAAUAUGAGCUCAGUCACAGUUUUGUGCGUGCUCGAUGCCUUGAGACGUCAUCCAGGCCGGGAGGAGGUCGUCAGUAUAGCAUUCGGACCAGGUGUUGCAGCGGAGGGCGCUCUUCUGCGACGUAUCACCAAAUCAUGCUGAUCCUCGCACAAGUAUGUGUGAUCGAUUGCAUCGACGAGGAGAUGGAUAUAGACCGUAUCAUCUUACAUGAUCAUGAUAUGUUUGAGAUGAUCAUGAUAUGUUUGAGAUACUCGCCCGCUAUUCUACGCACGUCAAACUUUGGCUUCCAAGCUGUACUUCAUCGUGUAUCUCGAGCAAGUGGAGGACAAGGAUCAUACGCGAAACAUCAAAGGCUGAUAUUAAUUUGGACUUGGGACCCAUGUAAGAACACCAACAUUACAAAGAUAAGCCGUCCUUCGACGAUAUUCCGACCGGUCUGAAACCCCCCCCCCCAUGUCGACAGCCCCCAGUCGUGGUAGACCGCGAACAGAAAAUAAAACGACUCGAUCCGCAUCUAGCUCAGCCUCGAUAACGUCCAAUAUUACGGGAUAACCGUAGACACAUCCACAUAGAUCCACUGCGAAAUACCUUUUGAAACGAUAGACGAAAUUAGACAGACAGUACGAGCUCCCAGUCCGACGCUGGAGGAUUGUUCAGUGUGUGUAAUGUCAGGCAGAUCUCGCGUGAGCGGGUGAGCUGGAAUGCAGAAAGCGGCAGGGAUAACCGGAACGCUCUCUCUGUCGUGAACCCGCCAGCUGGGAGGACACAAAAUGAGCUCCCCGCAUCGGCACCUGGGCCCGGCUGAUCUGUUGAUCGUCAUGACCGGUUUCAGUCGCCGUAAGGAUGAAAGCAACAUAGAUCGGUUGCCAGGCAUCCAUCUGCACCUCGGCCAAGCAGAGCGUCUUCGAGGUGAUUGUCGUGAGCAAACUGAGUCGAGGCUUAGAGCACUUCGAGCCCGAGCUGCCGUACCGGGAGUGUAAGGAACCGCAGUGACGGGAAUACCUUUAGACCUAUCCGCAGACACGAAACAUGCUAAACCGCUCGUCCUUCAGUAACCAGGUGAGCAGCGCAGGCAGCUGGGCGAGGUGUUGGAGAAUCCCCGCCGACGAAUGAUGCAUAUAUGCCCGUGCAUGCGCAGCAUUGAGAAGAUUGGUCGACUCGGGAGGUGUCAGAUUCGAGGUCGUGGAUCUAGGUGUGGAAUCGCGUCACGAGAUUGACUGUGUCGAGACAAUCCAGCUCGUUCUUCACGGAGAUCGG